UCCCCGCGAGCGGACGCGGCAGCGCCUCUGUCUCGCUUUUUGUUAUUUUUUCCCCCUUCCCCCCUUUUUUUUUCUCUUUUUCUCCCCCUCCCCCCCCUCACCAUUUCCCCUUGGAGGCGCUUCCCCCGGGCAGGGGCAGAGCCGGUCUCCUCCCCCGCCUCUCCCCGGCCCCCGCCGCCCUAUGGCGAGAGGGCGCCCCCUCCCCAGCCGGGCUCUCGCGGCGGCCGUUGGAGGAGCGGGCCCGGCGGUGGCGGCGGCGGCGGCGGCCUGAGGUCGGAGGGCGUCAUGGAACUAACUCGCUGAUCGGCCCGGCGGCCGCGGCCGUGCUCACACUCGUGCCCCAGCUCCCGCGCCCCUUCCCCCGGACCCCCCUCUUCUCCCUCCUCGGUCGGCCCGGUCCGCCCCCCGCGCGCCGAGGAGGAUGCGGUGGUGACGGGUCCCCGGAUGAGCCCGCGUCCCCGCUACGAGGCCUACAGCUCUGCCGGGCGGAGGAGGAGGAAGAGGAGCCGCAGGUAGCUACAUCAAGCUGGGUGACAGGCAGAUCCAGAGGAUAUCAUGAAGUUCCCAGGGCCUUUGGAAAACCAGAGAUUGUCUUUCCUACUAGAAAAGGCAAUCUCUAGGGAAGCCCAGAUGUGGAAAGUGAAUGUGCCGAAAAUGCCUACAAAUCAGAAUGUUUCUCCGUCCCAGAGAGAUGAAGUGAUUCAAUGGCUGGCCAAACUCAAGUACCAAUUCAACCUUUACCCAGAAACAUUUGCACUGGCCAGCAGUCUUUUGGACAGGUUUUUAGCUACUGUAAAGGCCCAUCCAAAAUACUUGAGUUGUAUUGCAAUCAGCUGUUUUUUCCUAGCUGCCAAGACUAUUGAGGAGGAUGAGAGAAUUCCUGUACUGAAGGUCUUGGCGAGAGACAGUUUCUGUGGCUGUUCUUCUUCUGAAAUUCUAAGGAUGGAGAGAAUUAUUCUGGAUAAAUUGAAUUGGGAUCUUCACACAGCCACACCAUUGGAUUUUCUUCACAUAUUCCAUGCCAUUGCAGUGUCGACUAGGCCUCAGUUACUUUUCAGUUUACCCAAACUGAGCCCAUCUCAGCAUUUGGCAGUCCUUACCAAGCAAUUACUUCACUGUAUGGCCUUCAACCAACUUUUGCAAUUCAAAGGAUCCAUGCUUGCUCUGGCCAUGGUUAGUUUGGAAAUGGAGAAGCUCAUUCCUGAUUGGCUUUCUCUUACAAUUGAAUUGCUUCAGAAAGCACAGAUGGAUAGCUCCCAGUUGAUACACUGUCGGGAGCUUGUGGCACAUCAUCUUUCUACUCUACAGUCUUCCCUGCCUCUAAAUUCCGUUUAUGUCUACCGUCCCCUCAAGCACACCCUGGCGACCUGUGACAAAGGAGUGUUGAGAUUACAUCCCUCCUCUGCCCCAGGCCCAGAUUUCUCCAAGGACAGCAGCAAACCAGAAGUGCCAGUCAGAGGUUCAACAGUCUUAUACCAUCAUCUCCCAGCUGCCAGUGGUGGGUGCAAGCAUGCCUCUGCUAAACGCAAAGUAGAGGAGAUGGAAGUGGAUGACUUCUAUGAUGGAAUCAAACGGCUCUACAAUGAAGAUAAUGCUUCAGAAAAUAUGAGUUCUGUAUGUGGCACUGAUUUAUCAAGGCAAGAGGGACAUGCUUCCCCUUGUCCACCUUUGCAGCCUGUUUCUGUCAUGUAGCUUCAAACUGAGGUAGAUUACUUUGGGAUUGGAAACAUGGAAAACCAGGAAGGGCUAGAUUAUAUAUUACCCUAUCAGGCUGAUAUUUAAAGUGAGCCAGAAAAACAAACACCUGUUUUCUUGUGUGGCUAUAAUUAUAAUUAAACAUUACUUAAGCACUUGAAGAUUAAAAAAAAAAAAAAAAGUAGAAUUCUAAAGAUCCAAGGUUUUUAAAAGGUAAAAAAAAAAAAAAAUUGUUAGCUCCACCCUUUGCUAAAUUGUAAUAUAGACUGCUCCAUGUCAAAAAGUCACAUAUAAUGCUUCUUAAGUUUCAAAUUUCAUAGCUUAGCAGGCCCUGUUCCCAAUGUUCUGAUAUAAUUUUCCUCUUGCUUGCUUCUUUAUUGAAAAUUUAAUGAAUUUUAUGCAUGUUGAUCUAUAGCCUGACCUCCACUGAUUAGGAAAACCCUCAAAAUUAAUUUUUAGCAAUUUAGUGAAUAAGUUAUUUUGGUGUCAGCCCACAUUUAGCUCAUGAUUCAAAUUUACCUGAAAAAGGUACUUAGAAAUUGCCCUAUGUCAAUCAGAGGUGGUAAUAGUAAAAGGAAACACACUACCACAUUGAUUUUUUUUUUUAAAUCUUAAUUUCUAUAGAUGGAAAAGUUUUCAUUUAUUUUAAAAUGAAGUUUAAAAGUGAUUUAUUGAAAUUUUUUGACAAGAUUAUUUGAUAAAGUUAAUAUAUCCAGGUGCUCACCAAAGAAAUGUAAUAACUAGACUUUUCUGUGUUAGUAACUGGUUAAUUUUCACUCAUAAUCAGGAGAGACUGCUGAGAUGUUGCGGCAGCUCUGUGAUUUGGGUCUGUAACGUGUAAUAACAAAACUCAGUGCCCUUGAGUUUUUAUGUUAAGCUGUUAGAAUUUUCUUGAUGUUUCCCCUGCCUCCUCAGCCUGCUUAAAAAUUUUUAUUCUGAACCUGAGCUCCUGUAAAGUCUGAAGGUAUUACAGUCAGAACCAUGUGCUGAUGAUAAAAGCCUCUGGUGUAGCAAUAAAAUGUUGUCCUUAAAACUGUC